AUGCGCGUGAUGCCGGCUCCGGCGGCGUCGCGGCGAUCCAGUCGCAGCCGCCGGCGCUCGUCAGUAACACGAACGCCAAGUCGGUUGACAUCGCUUUUGCUUCGUCAACGCGCUCGUGCGGGUUCAUCCGAACGCCUUCUACGCGAGAACCACAACGCGUUUGAUCCGAGCUCCCGCUUCAUCCGGAUCUGUCAACAACUUCGACUUGCUGCGAUUCUCUUUGAACUUGUGGCAAUUCCAUUCCUAGCAGCUUUUCACCCAGAGACGUCGCGCUCUCAACUCAUAGCUACGUACGCAUGCGAGCUGUUAUUCUGCGCCGAUAUCUACGUCCAGCUCAACACUGGCUACUACGAGAACGGAAAUGUAUUACGCGAUGCCAAGAAAGCACGACGAAAGUAUCUCUCAUCAUCAGCAUUUGCAGCGGAUUUAGUGGCACUCAUUCCGUUGUCACUCUUGUUACCGACAAGUAUAACCGGAUCACGUUCGAUUGCCUUGUUGGAAAUGCACAAACUUGUGCGUGUGUGGCGUUUACCAGCUCUCGCGUCGAAUCUUGACGACCUCUACGCAAGACAUUUCGAGUCACUCAAACUGACGAAAAUGCUUGGAUUCACGCUGCUUUUGACGCAUUUUGUGGCUUGUGGUCGCUUUAGCUUUGGCUACAGUCACCCAGCACCCGGCGAGGAACCAAAUCACUGGUUGCCUCACGCACCGCAUGAUGGACAUUACAGCACAAGGAGACAGUACUUGAUGUCGCUCUUUUGGGCAUUCGGACUACUUACAGGAGCGCUCGAAGGUGAACUCCCCCAUUAUAAUACCGAGUUCGCGUUCACGAUCGCUGUGGGGUUAUGCGGGCUUACGUUAUUUACGUCACUAUGCGCAACAUUUUUCUUGCUUUCCAAGUGUGAAAGUGGCGACGCGGAGCUGGCUGAGGCGCGAGUGCAUCAGUUUCAGCAUAUUUUGGCUUUCCACAGGGUCCCAGUGCAACUACAGACACAAGCCGUGGACUACCUGCAGCGAUAUCAUACUCAAGCUGAAGCUAAUGACCGAGAAGCGGCUCGUCGACUGUGCCCUUCGAUAUCCGUGGACAUCCAGGUGGAGCUUCUUGAAGCCACAGUGGCGUUAGUGCCGGUAUUUGCGGGCUGUGAUACUCUAUUUAUUCGAGCGGUGACUCGCUUGUUAGAGCUAAUCGCAUUGCCGGGGCGGACACCUCUCUUCCGUGCUGGCGAUCACGGAGAUGCCAUGUAUAUUGUUCACACAGGGGUGCUACACACUGUGGUGAGAGGUGUCAAAGUGCGGGAGUUGCGCAAAGGGAACUUUGUGGGCGAAGUUGCGGUAUUUGCUCGACAACCACGCACUGCCACGGUCAUUACAGCAACGUAUUGCACGUUGUACCGACUAUCUAGGAUCCAUGCUGAUAAACUGCUCCAAGGAUACCCUCAAUACGCUGAAGUGAUCAACCAGACUGUAGCUGCAAUGCUUCAGAAAAGCAACACCACCGCUGUCGAACCGAUAAGGAAAGAUUCUGAUAAUCACUCAAUUGACAACUCCAAUAAUUUUUUUCACGACAACGCAGUCAGGCCGUCCGACGCUAUUCAAGGCUUCUAUGACCGGAUUCCUCACCUUGCUGGGCCUUCAAAGCCACGCUAUCGCUGGUGGCACCGCCUCCUCAUGAAACGUGGACUCGAUGCCGAAUCCAACUGGAGGAUGAUGUGGAUUGCUUUGUUAAUAGCAGUAAAUUGCUACAAUUGGGUUCUAAUUCCGCUACUGCUUUCGUUUUCCGCUCUCGAUGGACUGCGGACGCGCUGGUAUCUUGUCAUGCUCAACCUUCUCGCUGAUUUCGUUCUUUGGAUCGACAUCUACGUUAAUCUGCACUUAUCGUUCUCAGUCAACUCUGAAAAGAUUUUAGCGAUAGCAAGGACCGCCGAGCGUUAUGUGUAUAGUGGGAAACUCGUCGUUGAUGCGUGUUGUGCGUGGCCGUACUGGAUAUUCACGCCAAGCAAAUUCACGCAUCCAGUUUUACGCAUUCCCAGACUUAUCAGUGGAUUUCGAAUGCGUGGACUUAUUGGCGAGGUGGCUGCGUACUUUAGACUGAGCAGUAAGCAUAAACUAAUGCUGCUUGGAGUGCUCUUCUUGAUGCUGUAUCAUAUCGUUGCUUGCUUGUAUUUCAGCACCACGUACAUCGAUGGCUACAGUACCGGAGAAAACCAGUGGCUUCCGUCAGAAGAUGUAUAUCUCCAGCGCUUGAACUCGACGCAUUUCCAGACAAUUUCAGGAGUCGUUUUAGCCGCCGGCGGAGAGCGUGUCCAGGAGAUUCGAGCGGAGCAAUAUUUUCGGUCGUUAUAUUACGCAGCAAACGUUCUGGCUGCAGUUGGUCGCAUGGUUGAACCCAGUAGCGAUACGGAGUACGGCGCUGCGUUAAUUUUCAUGCUAAGUGGGUUCUUCAUCACUGCGAUUGUCGUGGACCAUGUGCAAAAAGGCUUCACUGCGUCGGCCCUGGAGGAAAAAGAGUUUUUUGCUGCUCGAGCUCGAUUUCAGCGCUUUCUCAAGAGACAAAAUGCCCCGUUGUCCAUUCAUGUUCGAGUGAACUCGUUUCUGGAUUUCUGGUGGUCUUGUCACCGCGGCGCCAUUAUCGACGAGUUAUUGGAGGAUCUUCCUGCCGCCAUCAAGCGCGAUGUCGUCCACAGUAUAUGUGCACCAGCAAUGGACUCGUUAGAAUUGCUUUGUGCCGGUCCGACCGUCUCAACUAGUUCAGAAGCUGAUGCCAAUCAAGAAUCAGUGGGGAAAACUACACGGGAGCAAGUGGAGGAUAUUUUUCUGGACAAUCUGAAGUUUGUGCUGUACGGACAGGGAGAGAUCAUUUAUUGUCGUGGAGAUUACGCUGCUGGAAUGUUUUUUCUACUGGAAGGUCAAGUGUCGGUAGUACUCGAUGGUGAAGUGCCACGGCACGUCCCGCUUGGAGGUUUCUUUGGAACUGCUGCACUUCAGCCAUCAGCUCGUGACAGACGGGAGACUCGACGACGCUCUAACGUAGAUGGGUUUGCGGGUGUCGGAUACGCAGAGCAAGUGACUGCUGUGAGCGGCUGCAUUGUUGUGUACAUUUCACGUGAACAUCUACAAGCGAUGCAGAGCGUUUUUCCGGCUCUGCCUGAGAAUUUGCGCAAGUUGGAGCAACAUUUCCAUGAAGCUCGCGUGACACAAUCAGCGGAUCUACGAUCGCUACAACCGCGCGUCGCACUUGGUACUAUUGGAUUGAAUAACCCAACGAUGCGUGGUGCGCUGCGCCGCAAGCAAAUGACAGGUCUAGUGCAAUCUAUUGCGAAGAAUUUAGAGUGGUGGCAGAGGGGAACGGCUAUUGACCCCGACUGGCCAUUCGUGGGCAUUUGGGAGGCUAUAAUGCUCAUGGCAUCAACUGUGCAGGGAACCUCGGUGAUGUUUUACAUUUGCUUUGGUGCAAUUGAGACUUCAAGUGGCCGUGUGUUUGCUGAUGCAGCAACUGUCACACUGGAAUUAUUGUUUGUGCUAGAUGCCUAUUUGCACUUACGCUUGGGUUUUUACGAAUACGGCAAUAAGGUUAUGGAUCUAGCUGUCAUUCAACGACGAUAUCUCCGCUCAAUGCACUUCGCGAUUGACAUGGCAGCGCUCGUACCGCUCUUCAUAAUAAACUGGUCGUUGCCAUCGAGGAAUCUCGAAGUGCUAAAUGUCAACAAGAUAUUGAGAUACCUCAAAGGUUCUAGUCAAUUUCGCACGCUCGAGACAAAGUACGUGAAGCUCACGACGGAGCUUCGACUUCUCAAGCUCGUGUACUAUUCGUUUCUUGCUUCGCACAUGUUUGGAUGCGUUUGGUUCGAUUUCGCUGCUCACAAGUCUGGAGUUCAUAUCGUUAUGAGCGGGUCUGCGGAUACGUCCUCGCCAUCUUUCGGAGCUAGUGUUUGGGGUCCGUAUGAAUCGCUAGAGUCCGCUUCACGUGGACUCCAAUACCUUGCAUCGGUUUUCUGGGCUUACGGGCUAAUGUCGAACUCGAGUCAAGGUGAACUUCCCAAGACUGUCGGAGAAUGUCUUUUCAGCGUGAUUACCAUGACAACAGGCUUUUUUUUGUUUGCGUACGUGGUUGGCCAUAUUUCGGAUGUGAUCGAGUUGCAGGACUCUGAAAAUCGCCACUUUGUUGCCAAACUCAGUUCAUUGCGGCAACUUUUGCGCCACUUCGACUUGCCGCCUAGGGUUGAAGAGAAAUUUAAGAACUAUUUCUUCUUCAAACGUUUCCACUCUAUCACGCAGGAGCAUGUGCUGGAGCGCGUGUUACCUCCGUCACUCGUUGUCGAUAUGCGUAUGUUUCAGUUGCAACCCAUGAUUGUCAAGGUGGCAUUUCUUGUCGGUAUGGAGGACUCGGUCACACGGAUGCUCGUGUCACUUUUCACUCAAGUUUUGUUCGUUAAGGACGAGUUUAUUUGCCACUUCGGUGAGGAGGGAAGCGAGAUGUUCUUCAUCUAUACUGGCGUGCUGGAUAUAUUCAUUCCAUUCCUGUCGCCUUCAGCAUCGACACUUUCUGGUAGCCCCUCGGUUUUCCCGACUUCAGCGACAGGUGGACGGGUAAGCUUGAGUGGGCUGCGCAAAGUUAACGAAAUUACAGCUGGGAGCUACUUUGGAGAGGCUGCGCUGUUUACCAACACCCCUCGCAAUGCGUAUGUGAGAGCAAACACGUCAUGUAUCCUGUACAAACUAUCUCGACAUUCCCUUGAACUUGUGUUUCUACGUUAUCCCGAAUGGCAACAGAAGGUUUUGCAUAUCGCUAAAAUUCAGCAACAACAGCAGCGACUUCAACGUCUUGCUUAUGAAGCACAAGCUCCUGAUGCAGGAGGUGGAGGUCGACGUCGUGGAAUCAAACGUGCAGAGUCCCGCAUUGACCUUGCCAAUUCGAAAGCAGAAAAUAUCGAGCUUCUUUUUAACCAUCGAAGAGCAGGAAAUGGGGCUGAGAAUACGCCGCGUCGGAUCAAUUCCUGGAUAACCCGACGGUGGCAAAGACCUCAAGCGACGAAUCCUGUAGUCCGUUGGGUAGUUCCACGACUGCGGAGUCUGCAAGCCAUUGGGACGCAACUAGCUUAUGGAUCCGAAAUCCAGAGCUCAUUUUAUCUUCAAUGGAUGAGGCUAGUAUCUAUCUGUACGGUAUACGUGGCUGUCAUGGUACCGUAUCGUCUAACUUACGACUCUUUAGACCGAUGGAACGUCAUCCCGGUAUGCCUUCGGGUGUUCGAAGCUUUGUGUGAGGUGGUUUUCUGGGUCGACAUUUGGUUUCAAUUUCACAUGCGUACUAAUCAAGCGGCUAUGGAGCUGUACGAACAAGACCAACUGGUAGGAUACAAGCGUGAACGGCUUGCUUUUGAUCUCGCCGCCACCUUCCCACUGGAUCACUUUGUUACGAGCUUUCUGAGUGGUUCUAGCCGAUUGAUGCUGUGGAAAUGGCUACGACUCAAUCGAUGUCUGAAAGUCGCAAACCUUGUGUACUACCGCAAUGAAAUCACGAGACGCAGCGUGUCGUACGAGCUAAACCGCGCUCAAACACUCUGGCUGUUGUAUCUGCUGGCAAUGUUUUGGACAUCGUGUGCCUAUUUUGCUGUAUCAAUUUACGAUGGCUUCGGUACAGAGUGGCAAAAUUGGUUGCCAUCUUCUGUACUUGAGGCCGAAGACCCAUCUCCUGACCUUUUGAUGCUCAGACUCUUUCGGGGGUUAGCCUUUGCAGUCACCGUCUUUGUCAAGAAAAGCAGAACAUUUGUACCAGCGUCACAGAUCAACUUUGCUUUCGCCAUCGUCAUCUCAUUCGUCGGUCAACUCGUUAUGGCUCUCAUGAUUGCCGAAAUGGCCAACAUUUUUCUGCUGUAUAUUAAUAACGAGGUGCAGUUCCGCAAAAACCACCUAAUAGUCGAACGCUCGCUAGCCCGGUGGAAAGUCAGUACAGCAUUAAAGCGACGGGCAGAUAACUUCCUAACCUCGUGGUGGUCGUCUCAUGCGGGUGUUGAUUACCAAUUGAUUUUUGACGAACUUCCUGCUAGUGUGCGCACAGAGGGUGUCCUAGCUAUCGUAAAAGAACCGCUGGGUCUAUUCGCACAUCACGUGUUUAGGCCACUCCUUCAUGAUGACAUGAAAGGCUUAAUCGAAGGAGAGGUUAAAACGGAGAGUGCAGUGGUCGAAGAAGCUGGAAAUUCGUGCCAACCUGAGCAUGGAGUUAAAUUUCAGCUAGAGAACCUCACGUACGCAAUUGCGAAGUGUCUGCGUUUUGAAGGAUACCCCCGGGGUGAGAAUGUUAUUGUUGAAGGAAGCGUAUGCAAGGCCAUGUAUUUCGUAGUUCGUGGGUAUCUGUUGUCAAAGAGUGUGUCGAAUCCGGAGAUGUAUCCGGUCAGCCGCUUUCGAGGUGGUGGAUAUUUCGGUGAAACUGGUCUACUAGGUCACUCUGUUAGUCUAACGACGGUGACCACCAUGCGCGCUUGCGACCUCUUCGUACUGAGCUCGGAUCAUUUACUCCAGGUACUUCAGUCACACUCAUACUUCAGCUUGGUGCUGGCUACUGCACAACUAGCGGUUAACCAGAAGAAGACGGCUGCUGUGUUUGUGGCGAACCGGUUCAAAAGCGAUGACUAUGACGAGGAUAUCGAAAGUAGCGACAGCAGUAACGACGAUGUCAGUGAUGACGAUGCGAGUAAGAGUGAAAGUGAGAGCGAACAUGAUCAGGCAUCUGAUGGCGCUAAGCUGAGGCGCGCAAGUCAACAACUAAAGCGAACUCUUCAAGGAGCGUCAGAGGAAACAAUGCGGAUUUGGGAAGAAACAUUUGCGUUAUUCAUGGAGAUGCUUGUCCCCAAUGGAAGUGUGGAGGCGAAAAACAACUAG